AUGAAAUUUUCGAGUAUCUUCUUUGGAGUUUUCCUCGCGCAAGAUUGUUCUGCAUUUCAACCAACUAGCUCCAGUGGAAUUCAUCGCGCAUCCCCAUUGCAAGCAUCACAACAAAAUCUAGUGGAAGAAAAAAGUACCAAGGAUGAAGAAAGUGCGCUUCCGUACAUUGUUGCUAGAGGAGAUGGAUCAACUGGUGGAGGUGGACUUCCUAUGCCAAGGGCAGUGGAAGAUGAUGGAUUGAAACGGCCAAAAGUCGGUGCAGAGAUGCCAAAUGGGCGUCCUUCCUGGUUUCGGGUCCCAGCUCCAUCUCUUGCCGCGGAAUCAAGAUAUGUGGAAGUCAAGGAUUCUCUCAAAGACCUCAACUUGAAUACUGUUUGCGAGGAGGCACAAUGUCCCAAUGUUGGAGAAUGUUGGAGUGGAGGAACUGGUACAAUUAUGCUAUUGGGUGACACAUGCACACGAGGAUGCAUGUUUUGUGCGGUCAACACUGACUCCAAACCUCCACCCCCGGAUCCAUUUGAACCAUUCAAGACUGCAGAGGCAGUAGCACAGUGGGGUGUCGACUACAUUGUCUUGACUAGCGUCGAUCGAGAUGACAUUGAAGAUGGUGGUGCGGGUCACUUUGGGCACACAGUAGAGCUCUUGAAACAGGCCAAGCCAGAACUAUUGGUCGAAUGCUUAGUAUCAGACUUUCAAGGGAACCUAACUUCGGUCGCAACGCUCGCCACUUCUGGCCUCGAUGUUUACGCUCAUAACGUCGAGACUGUGGAGCGGUUACAAAAGUUUGUUCGCGAUCCUCGAGCAGGUUACAAACAGAGUCUCUCUACAUUGGAGCACGCCAAGAAAGUUCAGCCGGGACUCUAUACCAAGACAAGCGUGAUGCUAGGCCUAGGAGAAACCGAUGAAGAAGUCAUCCAAACGAUGAAGGACCUGCGGGCCAUUGACGUUGAUGUGGUGACAUUCGGACAAUACCUCAGACCAACAGAACAGCAUCUUUCUGUUGUAGAGUAUGUAAAGCCUGAGAAAUUCGAUCACUUCCGAGAGAUCGGAGAGGAAAUGGGAUUCAAGUAUGUCGCUUCAGGGCCGUUGGUCCGUAGCUCAUACAAGGCUGGUGAAUUCUACUUGGAACAUAUGAUCAAGACGGAGCGCGAGCAAAAAGAGGAAGCUAAAAUGUAA